CAUCAUUUAUUCACCCUUGUGUUGUUCCAAUCCCGUAAGACUUUCUUUCUGGGCAGCAUGUUAUAGGUACUAUGUUUGUUAGAUGUCUUUUGCGUUCCUCGAAGAAAUAAAGUCAUGCACAUUUGGAAGAGCCUGAAGGGUAAAGAGAACAUGCAUUGCUCCCUCUUAUUCCUCACAUUUGUUUGCUUUUCUGAUCUACUGGGGACCUUCAUCAUCGCUUUGGGUGAUCAGUAUGGUUUGGAGUGUGUCAAUAACUAUCUCACCACUAUCACCUGCUAUGUAAACAUCUCGGCUGAAUCCCCAAGCAACAGAUCGUCCUAUUGGCUUCAGUUCAGCACAAAUGAGGAAUAUUAUAAUUGCACAUUGAAGGAUGGAGAACCUCCAUUGGUGUGUGUGUUGGAUUUAUCUCCUGAUGUUGGUUUCACAGACACAGACAGCUACAGAAUCUCCCUCCAUCUUAGUUACCAUGGCAACAACUUCUCUGUCAUACUGGAUGGUGACUACAUGCCUAAAGAACACAUUCGCCCAGUCUCUCCGUGUAACCUUUCUUUGCACUGGGAGAAGGAUGUUGUUGUUUUCCAGUGGGACAGUGGGUAUGAUCCAGACAUCAUAUUAAUAAAAUACCUCCAGUACCAGCUCAGCCUGCACAGUGAACACCAGCUCUAUAUGGUAGAAGUCAUGGACCAGAAUAUGUCAGUGGACAAGUCUAAAUUUGAACCUCACACAAGUUACACAGUGCGUGUACGAUCACGGCCGAAUCAAGUGCAUUAUAAAGGCGUGUGGAGUCAGUGGACCCCUGCAUUAAACUGGUGGUCAGGCCACAUUCCCGAAGAAAUUCCUGAGAGAUCUUUCCACAUUGCCUGGUAUCUUCUGCUUUUGCUACUUUUUCUAUUCACCGGUAUCCCAUACUCCAGAUGGAGAAAGCACGAUUAUAUCCCAUCACCAGCCCCUUAUUUCAAAAACUGGAAUGCAGAUGCUCAGAUCUGUACAUUGCGAUCAGGAAAGGUGAGUGAUGUAAUGCAGGAGGAGGAGUCUCUUCAGAUUGACAUUCUGACAGAGAGCCAGGACACACCCCCUCAACCAACCACCUUAAUGAAUGAGACGAUGGGAAUGACCAAUGCUUUUGACCCUAUUCCCCAGUCUCCCAGCAUGCCCCAUUCUCUUGUGGGCUCAGAGGUCGACUCGGGCUGUUGGAUUCGUGACGUCAUGACAACAGAGAGAGGAAGUAUCACAUGCAGUGAAGACUACUGUACGCUCUCCCAACACACUUAUGGCAUCUAACA